AUGUCGGCAGAGAAACGAUAUCGCGCUCGGCAAACAGCAAAAAUUAUCUAUCCGCCCUUAUCCUCUAUACCAGAUGAAUCGUCCAAAUGGUCCUUAAGACCUGAUGGCCGUGAGUUAUACGAAUCAGUUCGUAUGGAUCCCGAAUUGAACCAAAAGGAAAACAAUAAUUCUCACGAAAGACAUCCGAUGCAAUAUGAAGAUGGUACUCUUACAGUACUUUCGCAAUGCUCAACGCACUAUGAUCAUGUCUUCCGUCUGUAA